AUGUCACUUAUUCAGACGGAACCAGAAAAUCCAGGACUGGAGGUUUCAAAUACAUAUUCUAAUUGUGAUAACCCAACGACACUUAUUUAUGGUUUACCUUCGCUUUUCACUUCUGAAAUUCUGUAUGAUGGUCCUAAAAGAUGCAUAGUCAAAUCAAACGUGGGUAAGCUUUCUCCUGACAGUACUCCAAAUAAAAUAAACGGGGGUCAUGAAGCAACCGGAGGUAUCGCAGGUCUAUGUCACACAGGAAGCUUUUCUAUUCCUCAUCCGCAUAACUUAACAGAUGUCAUAUCGAAAGAAAAUAGGGCUUGCUCUCAAAACAAUGGAACAAAGGAAUCUUGUGGUUCAGUGGCCCAUUUUUCAGAGCACGAGUUAUCUGACAUUCCUCUGAGUCCCAAUAGUGAAGACAAGAUGAAUUUUGAUGUAUCAGAUAUUUCGAAACAGUUGACUUUAUUGUCUCCUUUUUCUGGGAAAAAGUUUGCAACUAUUCGUUCAGAAAGCAAUUAUAUCCCGAUGAUGUCCAGUUUGCUGACAGGAAAUAGUGAUCGUGUUCGAUCCUUGGAUGUAUUGCAGAAUGGUACAUUACAUCCAAAGCGUAGCACCGUAACAAUGCCCACUGUAGAAGAUGGUCUUUCGAGUGGCAGUUACCCAAGUAGCCCGUGCUCUACUUCAAAAUCUCGCAUAAAAGACUCUACUUUCGACAUGCGCUCGCUUUCAGGUAGCCCCGAUUCAGUUACGGAUAUUUACUGUGGUAGACCUACUGUAAAUUGUUGUUCUGGUAGUCUUGAUGGCGAACAUCUGCUGAACCCUGCUAUAAUACAAGACAUUUCAAACGAUAUCAUGGAUAUUAAAAGGACCUUAGAUACUUCUGAUCACACUAAAACAUACACUCCUUCUUGUGAACAGAAAGCUGUAAAUGCCUUACAUGUGAGCAAGUCGACAGAGCAAAAUACCAAUCCAAGAACUGACAGAGUAAAUGGUUGUCACUGUAGUGAGAUGAAAACCGAAUCCAAACACUUGAAAAUGCCUCACAAUAAAAACAUUUCAACCUCUAGCCAUACUUGGGAUGAGCUUAAAAACCAGGAUAAAGAGAAACAUAUUGUUCAGGCUACUGUGGAAUGUACCGAUGCAGGUACAUUUGAUCAAGUUUCUUGCAAUGGUACUGAUAUUAAAAAUAAUAUUCUGGAAUCACCUACCAAUUCAUGUUCACACAAACUAAUGCAUCAUUGGACAUUCCCUGCACAAGUACAUACGGUAUAUAGUUCAAGUGAAGAUGAAAAUUCCCAUAAAAGUAGUUCUACUAAAUCUUUUUCUAACAAACCUCAAAUUACAUCUCAAAAUAAAUCAGACAAAGAGCGAAUUACAACAUUUUCAUCAACACCAUCAUCGUCUUCAUUUGAAAAUUCACAACAAAAAAAUCAAUUCAACGCAUCAACUAGUCCAAGUAAUCCAGGUAUGGUAACAAAUAAGUCAAAUCCGAAAAUUACAACUCGUACUAGUGUUAAUUCUGAUGAAAUUUACAAAUCAUCUACGUCACGACAUUCUGAUCGUCAAGAUGGGGAUUUCGACAGUGAUGAAGAUACAGCUCAACUAUUAGAUAAACAGUAUCAGGCCGAUAAACAAGUUUAUAUUCCGGAAUUGAAGGACAAGUCUUGCAUAGAGGCUGAUCGUCAACGUCGAGUCCGAGAAGUCUCUGUUCGACAUCCUGAACAACCAGAUGUUCUCAUACAUGGAUUAUUGUUUCGAGCUCAGUAUAUGGGAAGUACUCAAAUUUUAUGUAACAAACAGUCAACACGAAUGUCUCGUAUGCUUCAAGCUCAAGAAAUUGUUAAUCGUAUCAAGGCUCCGGAUGAUGAGUCACAUCCUAGUGUAACAGUUGAAUUGUUUGUUUCAACAGAACGUAUCAUGAUAUUAAACAGUAAUCUUGAAGAUAUCUUGAUCGAUCAUGUAUUACGUACAGUUUCGUAUAUUGCUGAUAUUGGCGAUCUGUUCGUGCUAAUGUCACGUCGAUUAGAUCCUUCAACACAAUCGGAAGAAUUUGAAAAUUAUCCUACAUCUAAUAAUCAGAAUAAUGAACUGAAAGAAAUUUCAAAUUAUAACGCUAAUAAUAAUAAUCAUAAUAAUAAUGCUAAUUCUAAUUCACCUGAACAACAUCACUCAGUAAUACCAGCUACUUCAAAUAUUUCCAAAGUUACAAAAUCAACAACUAUUGAAAAAUUAAAAAAACCUAUAAAAAUGAUUUGUCAUGUAUUAGAAUCAACAGAAGCUCAAUUAAUUGCUCAAACAGUUGGACAUGCAUUUCAACUUGCUUAUUUAGAUUUUCUACGAGAGAAUGGUGUUGAAGAUUUGGGCAUUAUAAAACAGUUAGAUUAUGAUGAUGUUUUAAAACAACAAGAGAUAUUCUGUGAUGAACUUUCUUUAUUCUGUGAUAAAGAUAAUCAUAAAGAGGUUACUAUACCGAAACAAAAAGGUGAAUCAUUAGGUGUUGUAAUUGUAGAAUCUGGUUGGGGCAGUUUAUUGCCAACUGCUUUAUUAGCUAAUAUGCAUCCAACUGGUCCAGCUGCACGAUGUGGACAAUUGAAUAUUGGAAAUCAAAUAGUAGCUGUCAAUGGGCAAAGUUUAGUUGGAUUGCCACUUUUAACAUGUCAACAAAUAAUUAAGAACUGUCGGCAAUGUACAGUUGUGAAAUUGAUGAUCAUCAACUGUCCACCUGUUGUUGAAGUACUUAUUCGUCGUCCAAGUUUGAAUUAUCAACUUGGUUUCAGUGUACAAGAUGGCGUAAUUUGUAGUUUACUUCGUGGUGGUAUUGCUGAACGUGGUGGAAUUCGUGUAGAUCAUAGAAUUAUUGAAAUUAACGGUGAAAGUGUAGUUGCUGUGUCACAUGAAAAAAUUGUACAACUUUUAGCUACUUCAGUUGGUGAAAUACAUAUUCGAACAAUGCCUACCUCAGUCUUCCGUCUAUUGACAGGACAAAUAAUUCCUCGGUAUAUAUAA